AUGGGGUCCGACGCUCUAGACAAGUUCCUAACUAUUUUUUGGUUGACUUUCUAUUUUAUUUUUAGCUUUGAAAAAUUUUUUUUAAUUGCCUGUUUAAUGGACGCGUCUUUUGAUCAAUUUGGAGGUUAUGGAUGGGGAGAACAAUCUGGAGGAGGAGGAGGACAAGAUUUUAACAUUCCUACACCAUUUCAAAAAAGCCACAUAACUGAUAAAAUUCCAAUCCCAGCAAUUGUUGAAGAUUUGUUGACAAUGUCUAAUGAUGAGGAAAAGUAUGUGAUUGGUGGAUAUUCGUUCAAUACGGUUUGUUUAAAUUUUAAAAGGUUUUGGGGAGUUUGGUGUAGUGGGUUUGGUUUGGGUUCAGGGGGGUCAUGGUUCGAAUCCGGGCGGGGUAAUUUAUUUUUUAGAGGAGUUUCUGAUUUCUGAUUUUCUGAUUUUCUGGAAAUUUUGGGGAACUUUUUGUGAAUUUUGGUUUUUAAGGGGAGUCGAUUUUGCAUCGAUUUGG